GCAUUUUUACUUUAUCGACACGAUAAGGACUUACCUGCUAGAUACACGAAGUCCGUCGAAACGAAUAAGGUGGAGCUGCGAAAGUUCGUAUAGCACAUUUAAUGGGGACUGAACUAAUUAAACUUCACAAAAUCCAUCCAGCAGAGUCGUUCCUCUGAUCGACUUCCGUCAAAUAGUUUUGUUGUGGGCCACAAGGAAGAACGGAACCACCGUGGCAAUGUUCUCGGGUAAUUUUCCAACGUUUCGUACAAGGUAUUUUGACAGAAGCCGCCGAAACUUGAAUCAGGGCCGUUAAUUGUUAUCGCAGUAGACAACAAAAAUACAAUUGUUAUCGGUAGACCGGAGACGCGCGGACGGACGGUAUUCGCAAGGCGAACCAAACAGCACGGAUGAAAAACGUUUGACAGGGAAAAAAAGAAAAAAUAAUUAUUGUUUGAACCCAGCACCGCGGGCAGGGUCUUAUCAACCACGAAUGAUAUCGUCGUAAGACGUUUUACGACGGGCGGCGACGACAGUAUAACCACAACAAAAACGGCAUGAUAUCCGAGCACACGAACACACUGUUCCCAGCAUAUUCGUCUACGCGCGCACCACAAAAUGAAAACGUCUUUCGGAAGUGAAUUCAACGUAGUGCGUUCGUUUUCACAUUGGUUUCUUGUCGUGUAACCGAAACGAAAUUACUGUUCGAUAUACUUGCACGAGUGUAUAGAGCGACAAUGUAUUCUUUUUUGACGAGCAAUAGAGACGGUCCGAGCACCAGCGCCGCUACCGGCACGUCGACGAGCAAAUCGCGACGUGAUCAUCCGUAUGCGAAACACGACCGGACUGAAAUUAAAUUGGCACCAAAAACUACUUUUGGUAGUAACAAACUCAACAAUCAAUCAAACAAAGUUAUUGAUGAAGGCAAGCAACUUAUAGUUGGAAGUGUUGAACAAGUCACACGUUGGUGUCAAAUGUUAUCGUCUUUGGAACCAACUAAAAUUAUUUAUCAAGUAUUUGGAAUUAUGGGUUUAAUAAAAACUGGCAGUAACAAAUGUGAAAAAGUAUUUUGUUUGCAUAGUGAACAUAAAAAAUCAGGAAUAGUUUGUGUAUUUUAUGAAAUAGAUAGAAAAAUCCCAAUUAUACAAGAAGGAACACUGGUUUUGUGUACUGGUCAUGUUAAAGGAAAAAAUAAAUUACAGAUAUUCACUAUAAGAGAAUUAGAUGAAAAUGACAAAAAUUCAUUUGACAGAAUAUCUUUGGUAAGCCAAUGGACAAUAAAUGACAUUUUAAUAUACAAA